CGGCGAGGGAAUGCCAUGUGGUUUUUAGCCGGUAGGAGUCCGGCAGUAUUCACACCCUCCCCCGGGGGUGUGUCUCUGCAUGACGCAUUUUCCACAUGUAAAAAAAAAAAAAAAAAAAAAGGUUAGGUUGGGGUGCUGGGUCGGAAAACCUCCAAGAGUGCCCUGGCUCAUUGUACGGUCACUUGUCCUGGUGCGGAUACGUCCGGCGGGAACGGUGGCUGACAAUGGCUGGGGCCUGGUGCAUCCUGGGCAACGGCGGUAAGUGACUUCUCGCUAUUUAGAGAUCUCACUUACCGACGGCUAAUAUUCCGACAGAGGUGGUGAGCGGCGAGCCCAAGUUAUGGGGUUUGUCGUGUUUUCGUUGGGGGCGGGUUUUGUUCCGCGACUUCUCGUAGUGGGAGUGGUCGGCGGGCCCGGUGAGUGCUUCGUUGCGCAGCCGGGCUGGUUUCAGUGCCACCGCCGAAAAACCGUAAUCCCUCGCGGAGGUGUGGUCAUGUUUCGCACCCGAGUGAGGGGACGGGGGCCUUGGCUUAACCGCCUGGGCCGCGAGGAGUAAACCUCUAUAAAAAUCCUCUUGUGUAAGCUUCGGUGCCUGGCGAUGCAUAGUUCGUUGUGCGGUGCACGCUACCGGACAUCAUAAGUUCGGUUAGCGUGUUCUGUGCUGCGGGCGGGUCGGUGGAGUAUCAUCGGCCGCAAGGGCACCAACCUCGGGGUAUCUGCCGCACCCCGUUGUAUGUAGGCCGCACGCAGAAGCAGGGGGCUCCCCUGCGUGUGAAACCUUUCCCCCAUACUCGUGGGAACAAGUAUGGAUAUGUCAAAAACAAAACCCAAAAUUGAUGUCGUGUCCGAGAAGGACGGUGAGAAGUCGGUGCCCGCGAAGGGCGGAGAGAAGUCGGUGCCCGUGAAGGGCGGUGUUAGUAAAAAGAAGUCGGAAGUGGAGGUUCUGAAAGAGUGCUCCGUUGUACUGGGCGAGGAUGUUGUGGAGUUAGGUCGCCGUCGCACUCGUCACAGCUUGUUGAGGGCGGUUGCGGGCGAGACCGACUGCGGGUCUUCGCGGUCGAGCUUGUGCGCAUCCCCAAUUGAUGAAGGCAUGGAGACGGAGCAGUUGCCGUCAACAUCUGGACUACGCUCCUGGCGCAAAAGGCGUCUUAACGAGUCCGAUACGGACUCCACGGUCGAGGAUGAGGGCGAUGUCCAAUCCGUCCGCAAAAGGUCCGGCAGCCCUAGAGUGGGAUCGAGAGCCAGUUCGAUCGCUAGAAAGAAGGAGGAGUGUCGGCAAUUCAUAUACCGAUUCUUCGAAGAUGAAGGGACAGCCGCUGGCAAAUCUGGUCUGCCCCCAGUGACGGUCUUAGAUUAUCACGAGAGUGAUUUCUUUUCUUCCGGAGAUGAGGAGCCAGACAAACCGACGGAGCUGGACAGGCCGACGGCAUCUGGCGCCACUACCACCGCUGCCGCCGGUGACAAGAACAAAGUGGCCGAGGAGGUACUCCAUAGGGCGAAACUUCUCGUCCAUCGGCAAGCGGAUGCUCUUAGCGACGUCGUUAAGAAGGCGGGAAAUCUCAAAGGGACCACCAUAAGGACCCUGAAAGAGGGUUUGGCCGGGAUCACACAGGUUGUGGACACCUUGGAGGGGGAUCUAUUUCCGACGUCGGUCUCUCCACUGGUCUCAAAGAACCUGAGACUUGAGCAGGAAGUCGAGUACCUGCGUCGGCAGUUGGCCGAGGCUCGUGCUGCCAAGCCAGCUGCCAAGCCAGCGGCCCAGGCCGGUAUCUCGGCAGACGGUGUUCCUGUUGUAGGAAGUGAUGCGAGCGCAGUCCGUGCUCAGAUAAUGAGAGAUGUCGGCGGCAUCGUCCGCCAAAUGGUAGGGACAUUUAUGAAAGAGGUGAGAGAAAUGAUCUCCAUUCGCCCCCCUCCAGAGAAGGUGUCGUCCUCGUCUGCGGUCUCCACGCAAACUUUGCCCGAGGCCGGGAGAAUGGCGUCAGAUGUGCCCGACACCCCUAGAGUCGGCGACCGGGGUUCUGUUCCCCAGUCAGAAACGGGUCGGGCCAAGAAGAAGAAGGCGAAGAAGACGCCCGUCACACCGGCGCCCUCUGGACAGCCCGAGCCGGUGGCUUCGACCUCCGCUCAAACGUCUGUGCAGCCGACCGCGUCCUCCUGGGCGACGGUCGUAAAAGGAAAACGGGGCAAGACCGUCAGUGUUCCCGAAGGGCAGCCUGUGGCUGUCAACCCUCCGGUGACGAAAGCCGGUUCGGCCCCCUCGAAGAAGGCAAAGAAGACGAGCGCACCCUCGCCUUCUAAACUGAAACCGCCUCGCUCCGCGGCGGUGAUUAUUACGUUGGACCCGGAGGCGGAAAGGGAGGGUGUCGCGUAUGCGAAUGUCCUUGCGGAGGCCAAGAGAAGGAUCGAUCUCCGCGCAUUGGGGAUCGAAGAUAUGCGGUUUCGCACCGCGAUCACCGGCGGUAAGGUCUAG